AGUACGGAUGUACAAGUGUCUUUUGCUGGGAGAUUUUAAUCAUUUCAUGUGAUCUUUGACCUCUGUGGCUAUUGUCUUUAUUCGGAACUCGAGCUUUUGUCAGCUGAUUCUCGCCUCGUCUCCGCUCUGUCUAAGUAUUUUUCGGAAGAACCUUUCUCCGACUAACACGCGAUUCGAGACUAAACAUAUUUUGCAGGUAGAGAUAGCUUACAAAUGGCCGCAAAUGUAGAACUAGGACAAAAUACCAAAUUUAGGCGCCACUCUCGAUGGAGGCAGCCAAACACCACCUCCUUCGACGCGCAAGGAGAAAAACUAUCUAUGCGUCAAAAACAUUGUUACGGAGUGGGACACAUUCAGAACGACUUGAUCGCUUACGCCGGGUUCAGCUACCUUCUAGUUUUCUUCACAAAAGUUGUAGGGAUCUCUAGCGGGAAUACAGGAAUCAUUUUCUUGACGGGGCAAGUCGCUAACAGUGUAUUGUCACCUGCGGUAGGGUACGCUUGCGAUCGCUUCAGAGUGCCUUUCCUUGGGAGAGUUGGACACAGAAAAGCUUGGCAUCUUAUCGGUGUGCUUAUCAUGGCCGGAAGCUUGCCAUUUUUAUUCUCCCCGUGUCUACCUUGCAGCGAAACAAGUAGCGAAUGGGUCGCCUUGAUUUAUUACACAGUCGUUUUAGUUGCUACAAACUUUGGAUUUACAGCAAUUGAAAUAAGCCAUCUUUCUUUGCUCCCGAAAAUCGCCGUAAGGUCUACUGAUUUCGUGAAAUUAAACUCGCUGAGGACAGCGUGGAUGUUUCUCAGCGGCAUCUUUGUGUAUGGACUUAUGUGGAUCCUGCUAGGAGAAAGCAGUGGAGAGAAUCUGUCUCACGAUCAGUGGCGGGAGUUCAUGUCACUAGGGCUCAUCAUCAGUGGGCUGGGGAUAUUCUUUGCAGGGAUGUUCCACAUUGGAACCAAGGAACCAAAAAAAGACCAUGGAGUCCCGAGUCACGAGAUCAAUAACCCUUGUUUUGAAAAUGAUGAUGAUAAUGUCCCAAGCGCUAUGGCCACUUCACCGGUAGAGCUACGUAUUGAGAAUCUUCUCCAAAAAGUCGAGUCUGAUUCCAAUCACAAUAUUCACAUGAAUGAUUCAAAAUUAGCCAAUCAAAGUAUUGCAAAUGGAAUACCAGUCAAUCACAGUGUCGCAAAUGGAAUACCAGCCAAUCACAGUGUCGCAAAUGGAAUACCAGCCAAUCACAGUGUCGCAAAUGGAAUACCAGCCAAUCACAGUGUCGCAAAUGGAAUACCAGCCAAUCACAGUGUCGCGAAUAGAAUUCUAGCAAAACACAUUAUUGCAAAUAGAGGGAUUGACAAUAUGAGCUUUGACAGUGAAGUCGUCACGAGUUAUGGUCUGACCCCUUGUCAUGACACGCCGAGAGUAACCACUGGCCACAUUACUGAGAAGACAAGCGCAUGCAACCAUAGGGACCCAGAGAGGAGAGGUCAGCAAGAAAAAAUCAGCAAAGCUUACCACUGGUUCAAACGACAGGAAUUCUACACUUUGUGCCUCGUCUUCAUGUGCACUAAGGUGGUGAUCAACAUGUCCAACUCAUACUUUCCUCUCUAUCUCGUAGACGCGCUCCAUUUUGAAAAGGAAGCUAUUGCGUACUUCCCACUAAUCGUGCUCGUCAGUUCGUCUCUCUUCAGCUACCUGUCAAAGAAGAUCACACGUUAUAUCGGCAAUAAGAUGUCGUUCUGUGCAGGCGCGGUUGGCGUGAUAGGCGCGUACACGUGGUUCUACAUCCAGCCAAUCAGCAGCAAGCAGGCCGUAUAUGGCGCGUCAGUUCUGAUGGGGGGAGGGUACUCUCUCAUGCUUGUCACCAUGCUGACGAUGUUAGCGGAGAUGAUCAACCAUAUCGACAAGGAAUCUGGCGCGUUCGUGUACGGCACAGCAAGCCUGGUGGACAAACUCGCCAACGGAAUUAUCAUUGCUGUCAUUCAAGAAUUCUACCCAAAGGCUGACAGUGAUGGGCGGUGCCUAGCUUGUGACGGCUACAUACGUCUGGUUUUCUCCAUGGCAACCGGCUCAGCGGCAGCGCUUUCACUGAUAGUGGUGCUUGCAUUCUACAGAAACCGUACUCUUCCAACGUCUUCUUUGGGUGAAAUAAAAGCCGAGGAGGUCUGUACCUCAGGUGACGUCACGCCCAGCUCUGUUGAUAUCAUCGACGGUAACCCUGGCCAUGUGAUGUCAACUAUUGCUACCGAUGACGUCACGUCCAACACUGAUGACAUCAUGAUUGAGGAUAAUCCUGAUAAUAUGACGUCAAAUAUUUCUACCGAUGACGUCACGUCCAAUGAUGACAUCAUGAUUGAGGAUAAUCCUGACAACAUGACGUCAAAUAUUGCUACCGAUGACGUCACGUCCAAGACAGGAUGCAAUGACAUCACACCAGAAAGAGACGGUGAACACGUGACAGUGAUGAUGAAUACAAGACUGUGACGUGUCUCGUACUAUGAUGACGUCAUGGCCUAGAUAUCGUCGUAACUGAGAAGGACAUUGGAUGCGUCACACGCAUGCCCGAAGAUCCAGCGUACUUUGCGGGCGCUUCCAAAGGUCACCCCUGCGUAAGACCGAAGUACGCUUGAUCUUCGAGCAUGGCAUAAACGGCGACUGUGAUAUGUCACGCCUCGAUCUAUUGCUUCCAUUGUUUCCUUGGCUGCAUUGGAAAAUGUGAAAUUUGGAGAUCGGCUUCUCGGCUAUUAAGCCUCGUUUUAAUGUUAAGCCAAGUUAUAUGAUGCAAACGAUUCACAAUGCCGGUCAGUAAUCUAGGUGUUUUUAACUAUAGCUGGUCUUUAUAAAAGUCUUUUUAGCAUUUUUAUCAUUCUGUUUUAAGCUGUCACGCGCUAGUCGCCUGCGCAGUCGUUCCUACUGAGUGACAAAAUAAACGGAGACUAGUCAUGCAUCUCACAAAAUAAGGUUUUUUUUAGCCAUGAGCAUGUGUAGGACCUCUGAUUCUCCUGUCUUAUCGAGUCAGAAGCUCUUGCACGAAAACAUGACAGAAUAGCUAAGCUUUGCGAUGGAAAGACUUCAAGCUUGAGAUGAACAAUCAACGACAGACUGAGAUGAAAAUCAACGAUAAAUUGUUAUUGUUUAUUGGUUACUUUGAGUUACCUAUUCCACAUGUUACCAUCCCUAUUUAAUUUAUUGAAUCCCUAUUCUAAGGUGCGCAAAGCACAUUGGUAAACUCUCCUCGCUUAGCACCUUGGUACUCGGUUCGCAAAGCAUCUUGGUACUCGGUUCGGUUAGCACCUUGGUACUCAGCAUCUCGUUGCACGAUACUUUUUAAAGCUCAUAGCCUCACGAUUAGGCACAAGCCUGAUGUAUCCAAUUAUUUCUAUCAUUACCAUUUCAUGAUACAAAUAAAAUUGUAAUAUUUACAAAAAAAAUGCGAUAAAUUGGAUUGUUGCUGAGUAAUUAUUUGGAGUAAUGCUCCCAUUGAGAUACGAAUAAAUAUUUUAAAAUUA